UAUUGACAUAGCGUUAUUUCAACGCGAGCUGCUCAAGAGUAGAAUAUAGUUCGAUAAUUAAUAAAUAAUUAAAUAGUGUAACACUGUUAUAAUGACGAAAAUAAACAAUAACAUAUUAUACGGUGACCAAAAUUUUUCAAUACCGUGGCACUACAACUAUGGCGCAUUUUUUUUGGAAAAAAUUAAGUGUCAUGGGAACAGCAUAGCUCUGAUACACGGAGUCACCGGGGAGCAGAUCACAUUCCGAGAGUUGCUCCAACAAGUAGUAAAUACUGCCAGCUCGCUCGUCGACCUGGGAGUAGAAGUCGGCGAUGUUGUAGCCCUGUGCAGCGAGAAUAGAAUAGAAUUUAUUGUUACGGCUUUAGCCGUGUGCUGUGUUGGUGGAGUUGUUACUUUUUAUAACUACACAUACACUAGCUCUGAAAUGAAGCAUGCAAUUGGUAUUACAAAACCAAAGUUUAUGUUUCUCUCAAAAAAUGUCUUUGACACACAUUAUGAAGAGAUGAAGAAAGCAAAUAUUCAGCAAUUUAUUGUUUACGGCCACAAGCUGGACACUCGACAAUUUUUCUGUUUCGAGGAUUUAAAAAAUAAAUAUAAAGAUGUAUCUACGUACACACCACACCAUUUUUUAGGAGAGGAUCAAACAUGCAUGGUAUUGUAUUCAUCGGGGACCACAGGACCUUCAAAGGGAGCAAAAAUAAGUCAUUUGAAUUUUAUUGUAAGCGGACAGCAACCACUAUGCAUUGUUUCUGAGUUCACCAUAUUGAUGGUCGCGCCUUGGUCCAGCACAAUGGGUAUAGCUUGUUUACUGCAAUACAUGAUCAACGGUCGCAAAACUGUUUUCCUUCCAAGAUAUGAGGAAAGACUUUACUUAGAAACUAUUGAAAAGUACCAAGUAGGGUUCAUUUUAGUAGCGCCACCGAUUGUGUCCAUUCUAAUCAAGUCAGAGUUAGCUAAUAAUUACAACCUUAGCUCUCUUAAAAUAGUUUUCAGUGGCGGUGCUCCGUUAAGUAUAAAAAAUAUUAUGGAACUUAAAAGCAGGUAUCCUCACAUAAAGUACAGUUUACAAGGCUACGGAAUGACAGAAACAACAGGAGCGACGACACAAGAUUACGAGACAUCGCCCCGAGAAGGUAGUGUGGGAAGGACAGCUGCAGGAAAUAUUAUUAAGGUAGUGGACCCAGAUACAGGAAAACUAUUGGGUUGUCGAGAAGCAGGUGAAGUGUGUGUAAAAGGAGCCGUUUUAUUUCAAGGCUAUAUCGGAAUUCUGCCAAACACUCUAUUCGAUGACGAGGGUUUCUAUAAGACUGGUGAUAUAGCUUAUUACGAUGAAGAUGGAUAUUUCUAUAUUGUUGAUAGAAUCAAAGAGCUUAUAAAGUACAAUGCGUGGCAGGUUUCUCCAUCAGAAUUGGAAGCCCUAUUACUCCAGCAUGCACACAUAAAAGAUGUUGGAGUGGUUGGUGCUCCAGAUCCAAAGGCUGGUGAAUUACCAACAGCAUUUGUUGUUAAGCAACCUAAUUCUAUUAUAACUGAAACGGAAAUCGUCGACUAUGUGAAAAGCAAGGUUGCUUCCUGGAAACACUUACGCGGUGGAGUAAUUUUCGUUAAUGAAAUACCGAAAAAUCCUAGUGGAAAAAUAUUGCGACGGAAACUGAAGCAAUUAUAACCAAAAUCAAGUAAAAAAAACCAUUUCAGCAAACUUUAAUAUUGACGUGAUAUUCGUUCUUGCAUGUAAAUUUAAAUAUUGUAUUCAUAUUCAAAUUAAAUUUUUAAUUCAAAAUAAUCUUUUUAACAUACCUAAUCAAUAUCAACAUCCACCACCCAUUCAAAAUUAUACUCUUCAGUCUUGAAAAGAACGGACGUAUACUACGCGCGCUUCUUCUUUUUCUUUCAUAAAAUUUCGUCACAGUAAAAUUUAUUACU